AUGUCCGCUUCUGUUCCCGUCGACGAUAUGGACGACAUCUACGGCACCCCGUCCGCCAACACCACCCCCGCCCUCCACACUGCCCAAGCAACCAGUUACGUCGACGCAAAGCAGCUCCCGUCGAAUCAGUCGCACAUUGCUGGCAUCCCUGGUCUGGGUUCAUUUCCCCCUGCCGCUUCGUCCAGUCUGUCUCAACCACGGUCUGAACAACCUCAAGAAGCCGUUCAGCCAGAGAUCGUCAACGGUCAAGAAGAGACCAUUGUGAACCCUCUUCCCGAUAACCAAUCCGUCCAAGUCCUCGUUGAGCAGCCCGUUGCUGCCGCCAUCCCUACCGAAGCUGCCGUCGAGACCGUGACCGAGCAUGUUCCUGCGCAAACCGCUCGCCCCGAUGCCACCUCCGCUCUAUUCGAUGCUCUCGGUAACAACGACGAGCUGAACAAGAACCUCCCCACACCCGUCAAGAACGAGCCUGAAUCCACUUCGACAUCCGCAACUGCUACCGAAUCCGAGACCGCCUCGGCGUUUACAAAGCCCCCUGUCGACCCCGAGUUCCUCGAAGCCGCCGCAGCACAGAAGGGCGCUGAAGGUGCCGAAUGGCAGUACGACUCAUCCGAUGCCGAGUCUUCCGACGAUUCCUCUAGCAGUGACGACUCUUCGAGCGAUGAAGACAGUGAUGAGGAGGGAUAUGAAUUGCUCGACCCAGCCACGGCUGCACGCAUGCUUAUGGAAGAAGGUGGCAUGGACGAUGAAGAAGGUGGUAGCAAGGCUGCCAGCGGAAGCCAACUUCGCACUAAGAACGAGGUGCCAGAAGAGAUCAUCCCCAAGCCGGAUGUCACGGUCACUUCCGACAUGAAGAUCACACCCCUGGGUGCCGUUCAGCACGUCGUCGACACGCUGAUUCUCAUCAAAGCUUUCACUUCUGGAGAGUAUCAAGUCCUGGAGUCUGGUUCUGUCUUGUGUCUGGAGAACCGCGAGGUCAUUGGAGCCGUUCAGGACACCAUUGGAAAGGUCGAAGAGCCCUUGUACUCGGUCGCCUUCACCAGACCCUCCGACAUCUCGGAUCUCAACAUCGCUACGGACACCAAGAUCUUCUACGUCGAUUCCCACUCCACAUAUGUCUUCACACAGCCCCUGAAGAAUCUCAAGGGUACCGACGCCUCGAACCUCCAUGACGAGGAAGUCGCAGAUGAGGAGAUGGAAUUCUCUGACGACGAGGCCGAGGCUGCCUACAAGAGAGCUAAGAAGGAAGCCAAGAAGGGCGCAAGAGCUGCUCGCGACCAGACCAACCAGGCGCCUGCCCCCAAGCCCUACACUGGUGGAGCCAUGAACUACGACGACGAGCCUGAAGCUGAGGAAAUGUACACCCCUCUUGCCCGUCCUGACAAUCUGCAAGACAUGAUGACCAAUGGAGCACCCCCAGCUCGUCGUCAAUUUGCCGAACGUGGCGGCAGAGGCCGUGGUAGAGGUCGCGGCGGUGACAGAGGCCGUGGCGAUCGUGGCAGAGGCGGUCGUGGUGGUGGCCGUGGUGGUGCCGACAGCGCAAACCAGCGCAAGGGUCCCUCCAACUCAUACCCUGAUACACACAACGCUGGUGCGCAAGCCUACGCCCAGCAGCUCCCACAAAAGCCUGCAGCGCCCCAGCAAAUGCAGCAGAUGCCUCAAAUGCCACAGAUGCAGCAGAUGUGGAACCAGGCCCAACCUCAGAUGAACGCGCAAUUCGCUUUCCCUCAAUUCAACCAGCAGCAGUUCCCUCCCCACCACCUCCUCCCCAGGGUCAAUCGCCUUUCCCUAACAUGCAGUUUGCAUGGCCACCCAACCCUCAGUUCUUCAACCAAGGUCAGCAACAGCAGUCCUACAAUCAGGGUCAGCAGCAGCAGCAGCAGCAGCAGCAGCAGCAGCAGCAGCAGCAGCCUUACCAGUUCCCUGGAGCACCUGCAGGUGCAUUCGUCAACCCUGCUUUCUUCCAACAGCAGCAGCAGCAGCAGCAGCAGCAGGCCCCCGCAGCAUCAGCUCAGAGUGGUGGCCCUUCGCCCGAGGCAAUCCAGGCAGCCGCCGACCUCUGGCGUAGACUUCAGCAGCAGCAACAGUAGGAUGGGCUGUAGUGCAAGUCCACGUAGUUAUAAAUGGUUCACCUGUGUGCAAAACAUGUCCCCUACAUCUCUUCUUCCCCGCCUGUCUGUCUUGUCGGCGCGCAGGUUAGGCUCUUGUCGUGCUGAGUAG